AUGGAUCACGAAGAGGAGACUCCUCAUAGCAACAAGGUAGAACUUGUAGCUUCGACUGGGGAUAUAAUACAACAUCUCGAUGAUACAAACGAUGCACUCCAAAGCUACUUCGAGACCGCGCAAUGGACUGCGGACGGCACUGCCCUCCUAACAUCGACCUCAUCAAACUUAAUCUCUGGCUACAUCAUACCCGAAGACCUACUCUCCCCCAUAGCUGGCCGGCCCCUCAAGCUCACGCCCCAAGCCGGCAUCCAACUCCCUGAACCAAGCAAUGUCCUAGCAGGGGCACCGUACUUCCGGCUCACGGAGCCUUGGACGCAGCAACUCCUUGUCUCGAGCCGAGACCACCCCAUCCAGCUUUUCUACCUAGCCUCCCCAUCCCCAUCUUUAUCCCCGUCUCCAGCAUCCAGCUACCCCCUGACCCAAGCCCGCUCCGAGACCUUCCUGACUGCCACCGCCCUCGUCUGGCCCUCCCCAGGCACACACUUCAUCGCCGGUAGCCGCAACCUCCUGGCACGUUUCGACGUGACCCGCACGGGCGAGGAGCCUGUCCUCCGCGUCAAGACCAUUCCUUCGGAGCGGCAUAUAUCCAAAGGUGGCGGCGUCGGUAUGCGCGGUACCAUCUCUUCACUCGCUGCCCAACCCCCGGACGCGAACUUCGCCAGUCUUGUUGCCGCUGGCACUUGGACCCGCUGGGUCGGUCUAUAUGACUUCGCACAGGCUGGCGGAUCCUGGGCCGCCACUUGGAGCGUCGCAAGCGCAGCCAACGACGAGGCAUGCAUUGGUGGCGACGGCAUUACCCAGGCGAUCUGGAGUCCCUGUGGCCGGUAUUUACUACUCGGCGAGCGCAAGUCGACAGGCGUCCUGGUAUACGACGUACGUGUGACGGGGAAACUACUCGGGUGGCUAGCGGGUCGCGACACGCUCGGCAACCAGCGAAUCAGCUGCGAUGUGUUUCCCGGACAAGGCGAGAGUGAAGAAGGGGGUUUCGAGGUUUGGUCCGGGACGACGGACGGUGCUGUUAAGAUGUGGGAAGGUGUCGGGACUCGCGAAGGUGCGCACGAACCGGCUUGGAGUUGGGACACUGCCCGCAAGUCGACCGUAGGGAGUACGUGUGUGCAUCCAAGUGGUACUGUAGUCGCUACUUGUUCUGGAUCCUGGGAGUUUCCGGAUGACGAUGAUGGAGAUAGCGGGUCUCCAUCGCAAAGCCGCAGCGACAGCAACGACAGUGGGGAAAGCGAUGGUAGUAGCGAUAUAUUUAGGCCCGCGUCGCCUUGGAUGCGCAGGCGAAAUAAAGAAAGUAGCUUGAAGAUAUGGAGCAUAUCAAAUAACUCUGAGGAAACAGAGCCUUAG